UUGGAUUGGAAUCGAACGAACACCCCUGUAAGAGAUGAUGUCCUUCACUGUAAGUAACUAAAUCAUUAACAUAAAGUACAGUACUGGACACCAUUGUUUCUUCCUGAACUACUUCCAGUUCGACCAAAAAGCAAGGAAAACCCGGCAUGUUCAGCUUUGAGAGAACCAGAUGGGUCUUCUAGAUAUGUUCAGCCAGGGGCAUCUUCAAGAAACCUUUGACAGACCAUUUUAAGGGUCCUUCUUACAGAAGCCAAUAUGGAUGAUUUGAUCAGUAGUUUACCAGAUGAGAUCCUUUUCCGCAUCUUUUCUUCACUCCCCUUUGAAUCCGCCGCACAAACAAUUUUUCUUUCAAACCGAUGGAGGCUUCUGUGGGAGACUGCUUUAGUGCAACAUGGCACUGAAGAGGAUGUUGCUAAUGCAAUGUCUGGCUUCCUUGCCAAUUUUGACGAGAAAGAUCCAUCAAAGAAUACCAGGAAGUUUCGGUUCCACUUUUGCAAUGGUAGUGUCCUCUUGGUUAUCAUUGCACGUAAUGGCAGCCUUCGUCUCCAUUUCUCUACUGGGAAACAAGAGUUUCCUCAGCAAUUUGGCUUGCAAUUAGAGUUCAAUCAUCAAAACCUAGCCAGCCAACCAUCUCCGUCUUCCUUUUAUGUUAAAAGUCUUCAUCUGAUGUCAGUGACCUAUCUUACUAAUGAGGUAGUUUCUUCCAUAAUGACAAACUUUCAGAUUCUUGAGACCUUGAAAAUCACUUGCUGCAAUUGUUUGCAAUCUUUAAGUAUUGGCUCUGAUACAAAGCUUUUAAGCUUAACCAUUUUCGACUGUCCACAACUAAAAUCUCUCCACAUCAGAUCUUAUAAGCUUCGCACUUUCCGCUAUCGAGGACCGCUACCUUGGUUUAGGCCUGAAUAUCACUUUAACCUGGCUGAUGCCUUGCUUGAUUCCAGACAAGGCCCUGGCUACAGUAGCUUCUCUGGCCGUGACUUUGACUCGGUUCUAUUGACUAUAAAGAACGUAAAAGUGCUUACUCUAUGCAAAUGGACUUUUGAGGCGUUGAUCUGCCCAUCGCUAUCCACAUUACUUGCAGAUUUCCAAUUCUAUAAUUUAAAAGAGUUGUGGUGGAUUGAUAAUUCAAACAAAAGAUAUGAUGGCGGCGAAGCUUUAAUCUCUUUCCUGAAAUUAUGUCCUUCGUUGCAGCAGCUCUUCGUGACAAUUGAUCCUAAAAGCUACUUCAUGAAAAGCAGCAGUAAAUAUUCUAUACGAGCGGGCAGGAAUACGCAACUGCAUCAUCUAAAACUGGUUAAAUUAGACGGAUUUGAAAAUCAAGCAGAUGAAGUACUCUUGGCAGAACGUAUAGGAAAGGUUGUCACUACCGAGCCACUUAUCCUAACAUCAUCAGAUCUGAUUUGCUUGCGAAAAUUUGUUGAGGUAAGCUCAAACCAAUCAAAGCAGAACAGUACAGACAAAUUGGAAGAGGUAGCGCCCCAGUCAUGUGAAAGGAAGUGUUCUUAUAAAUUUGUGGAAGUUCAGGAUACGAAGGAACUGCAUCCUAAACAUGUUCAUAUGGGUCUGUGAACUCGGAUUCUGUGCAUAAAUCAUAUUCUGUUACUUACACUUAUUUUCAAGUUAGCCACCUUUUUUUCGUCCAUGAGGCCCUGCAGAAUCUAUAAUGCAGAGGUUUCGUUCUUGUAAACAAUGAGGACGCCAGUUUGUUUGAACACACUUUAUGACAUGUUUCCUCCAUGUUGUCAGA